UUCAUUCAUUAUCAUUUAUCUCUCUCUGUGUCUCUCUCCGCCACCCUCUCUGCUCUGCACCCACUUUUACCCACACCACAUCCUCCUCUGCUCUCCCCAGCUCGCUCGCUCGCGAUUGAUGAUGAUGAUGAUGAACGACGAUUGGUUAGCGGCGGCGAUGACCGAUGACGCCGUCGUGGUGGACCUUCUCUUCCGCCUCAAGCAGUCGCCGUUCUCAGAGGCGUGCACUCCGCCGCCGCCUCCCGCCGUGACGAGGUUGUUGCAUAUGCGCUUGCCUUCUCCCAGCUGGGGCCAUCGCCAGCCGAGAUCGAAACCGACGGCCAGCCGGAAAGAGGCCGCCGCCGCCGCCGCUGGAAGUUCCGCCAGGUUUAGCCCUACCACUCCGCUCUCCUGGAGCGGUGGCGCCGCUUCGCCCAGCGACGGCGGCUUUGACGAGUCCAGCCGCCUCGCUUCUUCGUCGGAUCUAACAUCCGCUUUCAGAUCCAAGGUUAAUGAACCCAGCAAUUUUGAAAGUUCCUUGGAAGCCCAAGGGUGUGUAAGGAAAAAGACAUUUGGUGAGCUUGUGGAGGAAGAGAAUUCACUAUUGAAGGAGAGAGUACACUUGAAAAGGGAGCUGGCAUCCCUGCACGUGACGCUGAACCAACAAAAGGCUAGGAGCCAAGACUUGAAGAGGAUCAAGAUUGAUUUGAAUAUGCAAACGGCUUGUGAUCGGGGUGUAGGCCCCCAUGCUGCUGAUGAAUCCUCCACUCAAUGCAACAACCCGAUGCAAGUUUUGUCUAGACAAAGACACACAGCGGAUGAUGAGGAGGAGGAGGAGGUUGUAUUGUCAGAUUCUUCACAGAACAAAGGAGGCGGCUUCAUCCUCCCCGAUCUAAACAUGACUCCCCUGGAAGACGAAUGGAAUUAACCAAGAAUAAGAAUGUGGAUCGGAGCUGUGAUAUAUAUGGGGGCUAGACCAGCCGGGAUCGUGGCUGAGAAGGAGGAGAUGUUUGUAAAUCAAGUAGUUAGUACUUUCAUUUGUGACCAAGUCACAGGUGUAGAGCCUCACUACCCUCCUGGAGGAGCUCUGGUGAAUUGGGAAGGAGAAGAAAGAAGAAGAAGAAGAUGAAGGUGGGGUUAUGGGUAGUGUAGAGAAGAGAAGAGUAGGUCUAAUUAGAUGUAGAAAGCUCUUAUCAAAUUUUUUAAAUUUUUGAUUGAUUUCUUGUUGCCAUUUUUAGGGACAUGAAAUGGAACUUUUCUUUAUUCUUUUCUUUAGCUUUGCGCUUACAACACCCCCCAAGGUCUCAACCCAACCAUAAGAAACCUAUUCCCUCCCUUGCCCCCUCUAUCAUAAUUAUUUCAUAUUUUACUUUA